UCCUAAUAAGUUUGGCGCUUUAGCUCCUCUCCAGUCCAGUCAGUGCUGCCAGCGGUCACCUUUUCCGUUGAGUUGUGAAGCUGUUUCUUCUUUAUUUUCUCUAUUUCGAAAAUGGUGAAGUCUAAAUUGGGCUACGAGGAAUGUCGGAAACAAAGACUGGAAGAGAAUAAAAAAAGAAUGGAGGAGCUCAACCUCACCAAGCUUGCUCAAGCUCUCAAAACCCCAACUCCUAAGUCCACACCCGUAAAGCAGGGGAAGCCCAGAACUCGAAUAAACGUGGAGCCCUCUUCCGUGCCACUGAGAAGGUCCAGUCGAGUCGCCGACAAAUCUCCUCCAAAUUACAAAGAAGUCCCUAUUGAACCUUUGGAGUGGCCCAGAAGUAAUUACAGGAGCUAUCGAAGGGGAGAUUUGCUUAACCGGGUUUAUGCUUCGGAUGAAGCAAGGGAAUAUGCCAUUUAUAGAGCAGCGUUACUUCAAUCAGAAAUAGAAUCCAACUCCCCAAGUUUUAUGAAACCACUGCUUCAGUCACAUGUUACUGGAGGCUUUUGGCUGGGUCUUCCAGUCCAAUUUUGCAAGAGUCACCUUCCACAUACAGAUGAGGCAAUUACUUUGGUUGAUGAAGAGGGAGGUGAAUUCCCAACAAGGUAUCUUGUUGAUAAAAAUGGCCUUAGUGGAGGAUGGAGAGGUUUUGCCAUCGAUCAUCAACUAGUUGAUGGGGAUGCUUUAGUUUUUCAUCUGGUCAAGCCAACUCAAUUUAAGGUCUAUAUAAUUAGAGCAAAUCAAAUAGAAGGCCAGGACGUUAUAAAUGAAGACGAAACUAAAGAGAACGACAAAGAUUUGGAAGACAUUCCCUCAGGCAGAAGGUCCAAAAGGAUCAGAUCAAGCAAAAAGUAGGAACAGACAUAAUAGAAGAUGAGAUACCAAAAGACUAGUUUCUGUAUUAUAAUUGAUGAUUGUUGUGUUGAAGCUGCUGUGCCAUGAAAGUUUUAACUAAUUCCCCUUUGUAGCCUCUGGAUUAAAUAUUAUGCCCUCAAAAUUUGGUGACGAGAUGUUAUUUAUCCUUAAAUAUCUAAUAGAAAAUUAUAUAUAAAAAAAAAAAGCAUCGGGGGAGUAA